AGAGCAUAGCGAGUGACUCCGGGUCCGAUCCAGUGCUGGCCGGUGAGCAGUGGAGCGAGCACCAACUGGCGCGAGCUAUAGCUGCAUCAGGCAGCAGUAGGGCUAGCUAGCUAGCCAUGGCUCGCGUCGUCGCCAUGGCAGUGCUGGUUCUCCUGCAGCUGGCCUCCUCGUACCCCACCGUGGUCCGCGCCGAUUCCACCGGCGUGCUUGGUCGGAAGGUCGGGGUCGCCGAGGGGCCAGCGGCCGGGAAGAACGCGCCGGCUGGGCCCGGGAGGUACGCCGUCAUCUUCGACGCCGGCAGCACGGGGAGCCGGUUGCACGUCUUCAGGUUCGACAGGCAAAUGGACCUCGCCCCUAUCGGCGACGACAUCGAGUUCUUCGCCAAGGUGAAGCCCGGGCUGAGCUCGUAUGCUGGACAACCCCAAGAGGCUGCAAACUCCAUACUACCUCUUCUUGACAAGGCCAAGAGCGUUGUCCCUUCACGGCUUACGAAAACAACACCUCUUAAGCUAGGAGCGACUGCAGGAUUGCGCCUUAUCGGAAAUCAGAAGGCAGAGCAAAUUCUUGAUGCGGUCAGAGAUCUCGUCCACAAGAAGAGCAAAUUCCAGUACAAGCCCAACUGGAUCAAUGUUCUUGAGGGAUCUCAAGAAGGAUCCUACCUGUGGGUUGCAUUGAAUUAUUUGUUGGAUAAAUUGGGAGGGGACUACUCCAAGACGGUAGGCGUGAUCGACAUGGGUGGUGGAUCUGUGCAAAUGGCGUAUGCUAUCUCUGCAAGUGCUGCUGCUAGAGCCCCUGCGGUGGCCAAUGGAGAGGAUCCCUAUAUUACAAAAGAGUAUCUCAAAGGAAAGGACUACAAUGUCUAUGUUCACAGUUACUUGCACUAUGGUGCUUUCGCAGCACGAGCAGAGCUUUUGAAGUCAAAGAAGAAUGGGCCAUUCAGCUUCUGCAUGCUGCGUGGAUUUACUGGUAAAUACACCUAUAAUGGGCACCAGUAUGAUGCUACUGCUAGACCAGAAGGAGCAGUUUACGAGAAGUGCAGGGAAGAGAUAACCAACGCUCUGAAGUUGAAUGCACCAUGCCACACGAAGAACUGCACAUUUGACGGCGUGUGGAACGGGGGAGGCGGCGCUGGCCAAAGCAACAUCUAUGCCACAUCAAGCUUCUACUACCUUGCUUCACAUGUUGGGUUCAUAGACAGCAAAGCUCCCAGCGCGAAGGCUGCUCCGGCCGCGUUCAUGGCGGCUGCAAAGAAGGCUUGCCAAUUGGACGUCAAGAAAGCAAAAGUUACCUAUCCAGACAUUGGUGACACGGAUCUGCCGUACUUGUGCAUGGAUCUUACUUACAAAUACACAUUGCUCGUUGACGGAUUCGGUCUGCAGCCAACGAAGAAGAUCACAUUUGUAGACAAAGUGAAGCAUGGAGAAUACUACAUUGAAGCCGCGUGGCCUCUGGGUACUGCUAUUGAGGCCGUCGCACCCGCGAAGAUGCCCGGAAACUAAUGAUUUAAUUUCUGGGUCAGUAAGGGUAUUUAGCACUUCGUACUGUUCAAUAGCCCAUCUGAUAUUCUGGUUCAGUUGUACUUAAUAUAGUAUUUGUAACAAGCUUGCAUCGGCUUGGCGUUUUGUCCUCAAUUUCAAAAAGCAAUAAAGUAAAUUUUGCUGGUAUCUAGAAAA